AUGAUCGAUGAAAACCUGCCAACGUUCUUCCUAAAGAACAACUCGAAGAGCCCUCAGCAGAGUACCAUCUACCACCGACAGCAUGGAAAUGACCCUGAGCCCGCCUAUACUCUCCGUGCCCUUGAUCCCGCUCUCCCCACCACGAACAACCGCUACGGUGUCGCCUUGUAUGACCCUUUCAUAACGGACAUCGUUUACGGUGAAGUCGCUGUGGUCCCAGAAUGGACACAACCCAGCCUGUCUGCAGAUACAAUCCGUGCAAAUGGCGGCGUCCCGCCACCCCCCGAACCCAUCCUCCCGAACGAGUUUACAAUCCAGCUCUACAACCCCGACCAAAAGAUCGUUGUGUGCCACAAGGCAAAGACAUGGAAUAGACCUGCGAGAUGGGAAUUUGAAAUGCCUCAGCGGACAUUUAGAGUCCCCUCUUCGUCAAAGCUGGACCGAACUCAGAGCGACCCUUCCGUCGCUGACGUGACCCCGAAGUUGCGGUUCAGUUGGCGCAAAGAUGGAAAGUUGUCGAAGGAUUUAUCCUGUUUGCUGCAUGGAAAGACAUCAAGCGUGCCAGAUACACGUAGCAAGAGCAAGGAGCCCGAUAUUACGGUGGCUCUUUUCCAGGGUUUGAAAGAGCUCACUCUGUACGAACCGAAUCUUUACCGCGUUGAAAUGGAGGACUUCAAGGGUCUGGAAGUUGUCUUGCUUCUCGCGGCUGUUGCAAUUCGCGAUAUCUUCUUCGGUCCAGCCAAGGAGGCAUUCCACAUCACCGCAGCCGGGCCCCCGGCGGUCGGCACCCGGCCCCAAGCCGCACCCACCGGAAGGAAGACUCCAAAGCCACAAACGGCAGCUGCCGCGGCGGUGGUCGUGCCGAAGACCAAGCCGUCUCCACCACAAUUGAACAUCCCCAAUUCAAAGCCACCAGGCCCCCAGGCCCGGAAACGACAGGAUGAACUCGCGGCAGAAGAAGCCCGCCGCACGCAAGAGCUCCUUGCAGCGGAGAAACGGUCUCAGCACAAGGCCCGACGCCAACGCCAAUCGGAGGUCGACAAUGAAACAAAGCGUCUGCAACACAUUUACGGCAUGGAAGAGCAGCAUGCGCGCCAACAAAGGCCUAACCCGGCCUCGUCCUCAAGACCGCAUCUGCCCCCGCGACACAGCGUUCCCGCAAGGCCAUACGCUCACCAAUACUCGCAGUCCUACUCUCAUCUUCCACCUCAAGGACCACACCAACCCCCUCGACAAACUCGCCCUCACAGAGUCGCACAAAGCGGACCAGUUCCCACAUUGGCCAGCAGCCCCUACCACCACACUUCGAGCCGCAUGGACCCGCGAGCUCAAUCAACCGCCCAGCUCAUGCCUCGACCGCAGGCUCAAGGCAGGCCUCAAGCCCAGCCUAGGCCUCAAUCCCAUGUGGGAUUCUAUCCCACCCCUACGAGUAGCGGUGCCUUGCCAGCUGCUCAACAGCCGAGUCCGCAACAACUGCAGCCGAAGAAGAGCAGCUUCUUUGGGUUUAUACGGAACAAGGAGGAGAGCAGCAGUCGAAAUCGACUAGACAAAAAGCGGAGUUCUAUGUUUUGA